AUGUCGACACAAUCGGUGCAACCGCCCACGCCCACGUCCCUGUCUCCUACGUUCAGGGACAACAACAAGGGUCUCCAGACGAACAUGGAGACUGACUAUGUCAUUGUCUUCCGCUUUGCGACUACCAGUAAAGCCGAAGCAGGAAAGAAGUUUGCUGAACUCGUUGGAAAGCUCGCUAAAGUCGGACUUGCUACCGAAGUUCGCAAUGGAGACAACCACUCGCUCUUGAUCUUCGUCAAGGUCGCCAGUGAGGAGCACGUCAACGCUGAGGUGUACCGCUCGAGAGUCAAGGACUGGAUCCAUGGGGUCAGAACCGCAGCACCGCAGAAGGAGACCAAGAAGGCCAUCGAAGAGGAACCGCUCCACGAAGCAGAACGCUACCGCAUCAUCUACCGAAUGAUCACCAACCCUGAAGAAGAAGGUGGUGCUGGUAUCACUCCCAAGGAGGGAGAGUGGAAGAACGUCGAGUCAAUCUUUGCUCUCCACGACCAUGCCUACAACAAAGAGUGGAUCAAGAGAUGGACUAAGAAAUACAUUCUCGAGCCCCAAGAUCUCGACGAAAUCAGAGACAGAUUGGGCGAGAAGAUUGCUUUCUACUUUGCCUUUACUCAGUCCUACUUCACCUUCCUGGUCUUCCCUGCCGCCUUUGGAGCCACUGCCUGGCUUUUGCUCGGAAGAUUCUCACCCAUCUAUGCCAUCGUCAGCAGCUUGUGGUGCAUAGCCUUUGUCGAGUACUGGAAGCACCAGGAAGUGGAUCUCGGUGUCAGAUGGGGUGUCCGCGGUGUAUCCAAGAUCCAGACCAAGCGUAGGCACUUCGAGCAUGAGAAGGAAGGCACUGAUCCUGUCACUGGCGAGAAGGUGCAGAUCUUCCCUGCUACCAAGCGUCUUCAACGCCAGCUUCUCCAGGUUCCUUUCGCUAUCGCCGCAGCUACCGUACUUGGUAGCUUGAUCGCAACCUGCUUCGGAAUCGAGAUCUUCAUCUCUGAGAUCUACAACGGUCCUUUGAAGUCUGUCUUGGUCUUCCUCCCUACCAUCAUCUUGACUACCGUCAUGCCCGUUCUGAACGGCAUUCUUACCACCUUUGCCCAACGUCUUACCAAGUUCGAGAACUACGAGACAGACGACGCCUACAACUACGCCAUGACCCAGAAGACUUUUGUUCUCAACUUCAUCACCUCAUACCUUCCAGUCUUCCUGACUGCCUUCGUCUACGUUCCAUUUGGUAGCGUUGUAGUACCUUAUCUGGAUGUCUUCAGCUUGACCGCUAGACCCUUCGCCGAGAAUGAGAAGCAGCUUCAGGCUCCCAGCGUUGGUUCAUUCGUCAUCAACCCUGAUCGUCUUCGCAAGCAAAUCAUCUACUUCACUGUUACGGCACAGAUCGUCAACCUCGGCAUGGAAGUCAUUGUGCCCUACCUCAAGCGCCAAGGCUUCACCAAGUACAAGGAGAUGCAGAGCGAGCGUGCCUCCAAGAAGGGCGGCUCUUCUCCUACUCCUGUUGAGAGUGACCAUGCCGAGGAGGCUCCAUUCUUGACCCGCGUUCGUCGCGAGGCCGAACUCGAUACCUACGAUGUCAACUCUGACCUUCGUGAGAUGGUCGUCCAGUUCGGUUACUUGGCGCUGUUCAGCACUGUCUGGCCUCUUACUCCCGUCUCUUUCCUCGCAAACAACUGGCUCGAGCUCCGCGCCGACGCUGUCAAGAUCUGCAUCGAGAUGCAGCGUCCCAUCCCCGAACGUGCUGACACUAUCGGCCCCUGGUUGGACUCUCUGUCUUUCCUGUCUUGGCUCGGCAGCAUCACUACCGCUGCGCUCGUCUACCUGUUCAGCAAUGACGGUCUCGGCCCCGACGGCACUCCUAAGAACAUCCGCGGCUGGGCCCUUCUCCUCACCAUCUUCUUCGCCGAACACAGCUACCUCCUCAUCCGCUGCGCCGUCCAAAUUGGCAUCAGUAAGAUCGACUCCCCCGGCCGCCAAAAGGAGCGUCGCGAUCGCUUCAUGAUUCGUCAACAAUACUUUUCCGAGUCUCUCUCGCAAAGCCAAAAUUUGCCUCAGGUGGGUAAGUUUGGCGAAAAGAUUACUAGAGAGACUCUUGAAGAGGAGGCUAGACAGAGUAGCUUGAGAAGCUCGAGACUUGAGGACAGAUUCUGGGCUAGACAGAGAAACUGGCAUGAGACUGCCCAGAUUGGUGCUGGCUUGAUUGAUAGAGCCGCACCUCCUGAGGAGGUCAAGAAGAUGCAGUAG